AUGAAGGGACAAUCGUUGGAUCGUCGAAAAGCACGACCCAGCAGCAGUAGUUUGUCGGUUCCGGAUGCUACCACGACUUCGACUAUCGGUAGUCCUGCUAACGGAUGGGAACAUCCGGUAGACACGGGAAGCUGGACGAACCAAAGACUUUCGUACACGAGCAACGCGAUCGAUCGAGUUGGUAGCGAGACUUUUGAGGCUCGUUCCUCCCCUCUCUGGUCUACUUUGUUCGGAUGGUAUUCUCGCCCCCAAUCGCUUUUGCCCUCGCCCGCUGCAACUGUGACUCGACAAAGUAAAGCGCAUCGGGAUGUGUUGGAACUAGUGGCAAUGGAGCAAGGCAUCGAAAGCAGCGGCAUCGACAUUGACAGAGUCUCUCUCGAAAUCUUGCAGAAAGCCAGGUGCAAUGCCGAUACCGAUACCCGCAAUGUUGCCAAUACCAGUGCUUCCGAGAAUUUCUUCGGUUACGACGACGUUGACUUGGCGUCGGAAGAGAGUUUGGCUUCAUCGGAAGACAAUGAUGAUACGCACCUGCUCAUUGAAAGUCCCACCGUAGAGGAAUUACGGAAAUCCGUUCUUCUCCGUCGUCGAUCGCGGAUCCUCCCAGAAGUCGGCGAUCUGGAGACCUACUCAGCUCAACGCCAGAUGACAGCAACACAAGAACGCUGGAAUGCCUUGACCAUGCUCCCGAGUCCCUGCUUUUGUAUGUUCUAUCUACUUUCCGGCGCAUGGAUUCGGAAUUACGAGGCUCCGUACACCGCUAACUCGUUUGAUGACAUCGACUUGACCAAGUGUUUGCUUCCAUCGUCCUCGUGGUGGCAUAACAUGCCUUCUUUACCUCCCAUCCCGGUGGUUUGUGUGGCACUUGGAAUAACUCUACACGCCCCCUUUUCCAUUCUGUACCACUGGAGGUAUGCUCACCGUUUAAGCGGUCUGGCACGGACCACACACUGGAGCCGUCGGCUGGAUCAGAUCAUGAUUCACGUAGCUUCAACCGCAUUGACGUACGCCUCGAGCGGAUCGUGGGACUUUUUGGUAGCCAACGUGCUGUUCAAUGCCGACUGUGUAUACCGUCAGUGUAUGCCGGUGGUGGAACCCCGUCGCAACCAAAUGCGUAUUACUAUUUCCAUCCUGGCCUACUUGAUACCGAUUCUGCACCGUGGACUCGUGCUUUGUUUUGUAAAGCUACUGUGCCUGGGCAUGAUAGGGUUCUGGUUGUUUACGCGGUAUCCCAUUGGUGGUUGGUCGCACGCGGUCUUCCAUCUAGUCAUGGGCUUGUCACCGCCUCUAGUCAUGGAAGUGGCAUUGACCUUGGAAGCUUCGCAACCUGCUAUGCAACAAGCCGCAGCCUGUAUGGCAAACUACUAG